UUGCACAAAUCUUGCCUGAUUCUUGCAGGCUCGCAUCGAGAAGCUCAAAUAGAGAAGGGAGAGACAGGUGAAUGGAGGGAUGAGUGGCAUCCCCUCCUAAGCUACCAUCAUAGAUUGCAGUCCCGACGGUCACGAGAACGUUGCAUCUCAACUUCUCAAGGACUUUGUGGCACGCCGCAUCGCCCGUGUACCUGCAGGCAUCCUAUCAAAUCCACCGGUCUGCUUGUCUCUACACCUAGCUUGGACGCAUAGGCACCGCCAAGCCGACAGCAUGUCGCAAUCCAACGCAGCGUCGCGGGAUGAGCCCGUCGAGCAGGUGUUGGAUCAGCAAGCCAAGCCUGAGGGUUCUUCUGGUACUGCAGAGAUGGAAAAGUACGACACCCAGGCGCAGCCCAACUUGGAACGAGUGACCAGCACAGCGUCCCACAAAACCAUUCCCAUCGGUACAUUGGAUCCAAGCGGCACGGCUGAACUGACGCGACGCUUGACAGAGCACUCUGUCCGAUCACGACAAGCCGCGGCCGGUCUUCCCCCCACAACGCUAGAGGAGGGCGAUGAGAAGCGAACUUUUGACCCUUUCGACACGACGGGAAAGUUCGACCUGGCUGCCUUUUUGCGAGAGAUGCUUGGGCACUCGGAUCAGCGCGGCAACGAGCGUCGAACGAUGGGCCUGGCUUUCCAAGACCUCACUGUCACUGGAAUUGGCGCAGGCGUGGCCCUAAAUCAGAGCUUCGGCUCGAUGCUCGUGCAGCCAGCCCGAUCUCUCGCCCACUUGAGCAGUAUGCGCAAUCCUCCCAUCAAGAAAAUCCUGGACAGCUUUACUGGCUGCGUCAAGCCCGGCGAGAUGCUCCUCGUUCUGGGCAGACCGGGUAGUGGAUGCACCAGUCUCCUCAAGACUCUCGCUUCUUAUCGAGGUGGAUUCAGAAGCAUCGAGGGAGACAUGAGCUGGCAAGGAUGGUCGCACAAGGACAUCAAUGGUUCGCUGAGGGGCGAUGUAGUGUAUGCGCCCGAAGAUGAUGUACACUUUCCAACACUCACUGUCGCCCAGACGCUCGACUUUGCCAUUUCCACCCGCGCACCAGCCUCUGGCAGGCGCCCUGGUCUCAGCGAGGAUGGCAAGUCUACUCGCGACGAGUACACGAGCCUUGCUCGAGAAGCCAUUGCCACCAUUCUGGGCCUGCGACACACUUUCAACACCAAAGUUGGAAAUGAGCUCAUUCGUGGCAUCAGUGGAGGUGAAAAGAAGCGUGUUUCCAUUGCUGAGCUGAUGGCCACGCGAGCAAAGGUGGCAAUGUACGACUCUCCCACGAGAGGUCUGGAUAGCUCCACAGCAGUCGAGUUUGGUCAAGCGCUGCGCAUCAUGACCGACCUGACCGACAUGACUGUAUGCGCCUCUGUCUACCAAGCAGGAGAAGGCCUGACCAGUCUUUUCGACAAGGUCGUCGUUCUUGCCGAAGGCCAGUGCGCGUACUUUGGUCCUCUCGACAAGGCUGCCGACUACUUUUACGAGCUCGGUUUUGAGCGUCAUUUCAAGCAGACUACUGCCGACUACUUGGUCUCCGUAACGGACGAGCACGCGCGCCUCUUCCGAAAAGGGUUCGAGGAUCGUGCGCCACGCACUCCUCACGAGCUUGCUGCAGCUUGGCGCAACUCGGAGGCGGGCAAACAAAAUGCUCAAGAGACGGCUGCCUACAUGAAAGAGCUGAAGGACAACCACACUGCUGAGGCGGCUGCACACUACAAGGCUGUGCAGCGCGAGGAGAAGGCUAAACACACGCGCAAAGACUCGCCUUUCGUCAUGUCGCUGCCGCAGCAAAUUCGCGCUGCCAUCAAGCGUCGAGCUCAGAUCCUGUGGGGUGACUUGCCCACGCAACUGAUCAUCAUGUUUGCAAGCACAUUCCAAUCUCUAAUCAUCGGAUCCUGCUUCUACAACAUGCCUCAAUCUACCGCCGGAUUCUUCAGCAGAGGUGGCGUCCUCUUCUUCGCCCUCCUCUUCAACGCCUUUACAGCCAUGACCGAAGUUGCCGCAGGAUACGCACAACGUCCAAUCGUCAUCCGUCAAGCUCGCUUCAGUAUGAUACAUCCUUUCAGCGACGCUUUGGCAAACACGCUGCUCGAUCUGCCGCUGCGUGCCAUAACCUCGCUUCCCUUUAGCGUCAUCAUCUACUUCCUGACUGGCCUCGUCUACCGCGCAGACGCUUUCUUCAUCUACUUGGCCAUCGUUUACUUGACGACGUACCUGAUGGUCGCCUUCUUCAGAGCUCUCGCCGCCACGUUCCGCAACGAAGCGAACGCCACGCUCGUCGCUGGUCUCGGUAUCAUCGACCUUGCUCUCUACGCAGGCUACGUCAUUCCCCGAAACUCGAUGGUCAUCUGGUGGCGCUGGCUCUCCUACUGCAACCCGAUCGCCUUCAGCUUCGAGAUUCUGAUCACCAACGAGUUCAGAUACCUCAACGUCCCGUGCGCUUCGGUCAUCCCGAGCGGGGAGGGUUACGAAGCGGCAAAUGUUGCGAAUCAAGUCUGUGCUGUCGCGAGCGGUCAGCCUGGCGAGCUCACCAUCGAUGGCGCCGCGUAUGCUCUGGCAAAUUAUGGGUACCUAUUCAGCAACCGCGGGCGCAAUGUCGGUAUCCUGCUCGGCUUCUUCUUCGCCUUUGUGAUCUGGUACGCGGCCGCAUCAGAAUUUCAAAAUGACCCGUCGGCCAAGGCUGGCAUUCUCAUCUUCAAGCGUGGCCGCGAGCCCAAGUCUGUCAAAGAGGCAAUGUAUGCAAAGGGCACCGACUUGGAAAAGGCAGAGGAAAAGGGAAUUGCUGAAGGCGGACUCACCGCAGAGGAAGAGGAUGAGCAGCAGGCAGCAGCAGUGAGGGAGCUCGAUUUUUCCAGCGACGUCUUUAGCUUUUCCAACGUCAACUACAAUGUGCUCGUCAAGAAGGAGCGCCGUCGUCUUCUUUCGAACGUCAGCGGCUACGUCGCGCCAGGCAAGCUGACGGCUCUCAUGGGCGAGUCUGGAGCUGGCAAGACGACGCUGCUGAAUGUCCUUGCUCAGCGCGCUGGCACCGGUAUCGUCGAUGGCAAUUUCCUCGUGGGCGGACGUCGCCUGCCAAACUCUUUCCAGGCCGACACUGGCUACUGCCAACAACAGGACACGCACUUGUCCACCGCUACCGUGCGCGAAGCCUUGCAGUUCUCUGCGUUGCUCCGUCAACCUGCAGAGCGUACGCGCCAGCAAAAAUUGGACUACGUCGAGUCUGUCAUUAAGAUGCUGGAGAUGGAGGCCUUCGCAGAAGCUCUGGUCGGCGAAGUAGGAGAGGGUCUGAACAUCGAGCAGCGAAAACGUUUGACGAUUGCUGUGGAGCUUGCUGCCCGCCCCAAGCUCCUCCUCUUCCUCGACGAACCUACCUCUGGUCUGGACGCCCAAGCCGCUUGGAGUAUCGUCCGCUUCCUCCGCAAGCUCGCAGAUGCAGGCCAGGCAAUUCUGUGCACCAUCCACCAGCCCUCGGGUGAGCUGUUCAACACCAUGGAUCGUCUCAUCCUCCUAAAGAAAGGAGGUGAGGUAGUUUACAAUGGCGACCUCGGCAAGAAUUGCUCCGUCAUCCUUCCCUACUUUGCGGGCGUCUGCGGACGCGAAUGUCAAGAGCAUGAGAACCCCGCAGAGUACAUUUUGGACGUCAUUGGCGCUGGUGCGACUGCGACCACGAAAUUCGACUGGCACCAGUCUUAUCUCAACAGCAGCAUGCACAAAGACCUGAUCACAAAGCUGGAGGAAUUUGCGCACUCAGCCGACGGUAAGCAGCUCUCGUCGGAAGACAUUGCGCGCGGCAACCGCGAGUACGCCGCCAGCUGGCCUGUCCAAUUUACAAUGGUCACGCGUCGCGCCAUCACUCACUACUGGCGAAGCCCUGUCUACCUCACCGCCAAGCUCGGCCUCAAUAUCUUCGCCGGCCUGUUCAUCGGAUCCAGUUUCUGGGGACAAGGAAAGAGCAUCACGACGGCGAGCCUUCAGAACAAGCUCUUCGCCAUCUUUAUGUCUCUCGUCCUAUCCACCUCGCUCGCGCAACAACAACAACCGAUGUUUAUUCGAUUCCGCUCUCUCUACGAGGCUCGCGAGCGCCCUUCAAAGAUGUACGCCUGGCCUAUCGCCGUCAUCAGCGCCAUCCUCGUCGAGAUUCCUUGGAAUGCCCUCGGCAACACUCUUUACUGGGCGCCUUGGUACUUUAUGACCCAGUUCUCUUUUGCAUCUGAUCGCGUCAUCUACAAUUGGCUCGCGCUGCAAUUCUUCAGCAUUUAUUGGCUCACUUUCUCGAGUGCUAUGGCCGCGUUGGCACCAAAUGCGCAACUGGCGUCCGUGCUGUUCUCCGUCUUCUUCUCCUUCGUUAUCGUCUUCUGCGGCGUUGUGCAGCCUCCGCCUUUGCAGCCGUACUUCUGGAGGAUCUGGAUGCUGCCCCUCUCGCCCUUUACAUACCUCCUCGAAGGUCUUCUGGGCAACGUCCUGGGUCCACAACUUGUACGAUGUGCUGAGAACGAGUUUAAUAUCGUCAGGCCUCCUACUGGACAGACUUGCGAAGCCUAUCUCUCGCCUUACUUUACUCGCGCCUUUGGCUAUUUCGAGCAGCGGCCCGACGGCGACUGUCAAGUCUGCCAGUACAGCCGUGGAGAGGACUUCCUGACGGGUCUGUCUACGUCCAACUUUGCAUUUUCGAGCUCGCAUCGAUGGCGCAAUCUGGGUAUUCUUGCCGCGUACAUCGGCUUCAACGUUGCUCUGGCGCUCGGUCUCUUCUACAUCGCACGGAUUCACAAUUGGAACAAGACGAAGCCUGCAAAGAAGGGGAGCCCUGAAAAGAGCGGCAAGAAUGCGGAUCUGCCGAUGCAGAAAGCGGCCGCUGAGCUGACUGGCAACGAAAAGAGCGAAGAGGGCACCACUUCGGCAAAUGCGGAGCAGGAGGCUGAACAAGCCGGGCCUGUCGGCAAGGACUCUUCGCAUUCUUCCUCCACCCCUUCCCCAUAAAGGACAUGUGCUUUUUUCACAUCCAAAUGCUGCAUCGGACCAGCUGUAGAAAGAAACGGACGCGCUUCAUCCCCCCUCUCAUAUCCUCUCGUCCCUAUUGACCGAGAACUCUACAAGCUGCAAUUCAUGAGGUCGUGACGCGCA